GCCGUCUUACGUUCUUUAAGCCCGCUGGGGAGCUGCCACUUACACCCAAGCCCACUGCACCCACCAGCAGCAGCGGUCCGGACCAUCCAUCAUUGACUGAUCACCACCACCACCACCACCCCAACCUGCCAGACGGUAGCUCUCUUCUCUUUCCCACCACCUCGACUGACUGUACGCCCAACACCGUGGUUGCGUGCACCACAUCUCGAACACGACGGCUCAACACCUUCAGUCCUCACAUAACCCACGAGACCCACGCCACCCUCUCGACCUCAACCAGUGCGCAAAAGCCACGCCUCGUUCGCGGUCCCGGUCCCAAUCCCAGAGCCACAGUUUCAAUCACAGCCGCAGUCCCGGCCUGUCCACCAGCAUAUAAGAAAUUCUAAGGCAUUGAACGUCGCCAUGGAUCACCAUAUGGGUGGCUUCCAAAUGCCGGCCAUGGCGCACCCGCCGCUCAUGAACCAACCUCCUCAGAUCUUUGGUGCCCACGCCUAUGACGGUAUGCCAAUGCAGCACCUGCCGCCAGAGCUCACAGCCCAGAUGUUCGGAGACCCCAAUGGUCUGCUCGACGAUGCAAAUGAGGCAAAGAGAAGGAGAAUCGCACGGGCUUGCGACAUGUGCCGGAAGAAAAAGAUCAAGUGCGACGGGAAGCUGCCAGCAUGCACACAUUGCAUCAACUACAAGACAGAAUGCGUCUUCACCCAGGUCGAGAAGAAGCGGAAUCCGCCAAAAGGUGCCAAGUAUAUUGAGGGCCUUGAGAACCGCCUUGGGCGCAUGGAAAGCCUGCUGCGUCUGUCAGGUCUCCUUGGUGAGGACGAUGGCGCUACAGAUCUAGGAACACUUGAGAAGAAGCUUGCCGAGAAGAGACAAGAGUCGAGGCAGGCUUCUCAGGCAGCUCCCUCUAACCCGACCUCACCGUCGCAGGCCACUUCUGUGCAGGAUACUGGCGCAUCGACGCCCCGGAGCGCACUCACCUCACCCGAGCCUCAGAAGGAUGAUGAGAAGCGCAAAUCGAUCGAUGCCAGCAAGCAGCAGCACCACCCUCAUCACCAGGGCCAGGAGCAGCAAGGCCAAGAAGAGGAGGUCGAGGCUCUAUCGGAGAUGAUGUGCUCUCUUGUCACUAACACGUCUGGCGAGACCAGAUACAUUGGCUCCUCAUCUGGAUUCUCCAUCUUCUCUCCCAAGGGUAUUCAGUGGGUCAACGAGAAGACUGGAGACAAAUCCUUCCAGACGAUGAUUUCUCAUGUCUCCAUGGAUGACCACAAGUGGAACAACUGGAAGCCCGAGAUCUUCGGCGAUCUGUUUCAGCGACCUGUCUUCCUUCCGCUUCCGCAAAAGCACGAGUGUGUCUCGCUAUUGCAGGACUACUUUGACAACUUCAACUGCAUGUUCCCGUUGUUUCACAGGCCCACGUUCAUGCACCUGGUAGAGAGGCAGUACUCAAAGGACCCGUACUCCGGAUCUGGUUGGUGGGCCAGUCUCAACGUUGCACUCGCCAUUGCUCACCGCUUGCGAGUAAUGAGCAACCUGGUGCCUCACGAGGAGGACGCGAAAGCAUGGGGUUAUAUGAAGAAUGCAAUGGCGUGCUUCUCAGAGUUGGUGAUGCGCAACACCGACUUGUUGAGCGUCCAGGCCCUCCUUGGUAUGGCACUAUUUAUGCAAGGGACGCCUAAUCCCCAGCCCUCGUCACUUCUCAUCGGUACCGCCAUACGGCUCUCUCACAACAUUGGUCUGCACAAGCGCGGCACAGGCUUCAACCUGAACCCCAUCGAAAUCGAGCAGAGGAAGAGAGUGUUCUGGAUCGCAUACAUGCUGGAUAAGGAUCUUUGCAUCCGGUCUGGCCGGCCUUUUGCCCAGGAUGACGACGACAUGAACGUGGAACUCCCGGAUACAGAUCCUGAAGACAACAUUGGCAACAUUCCUCUGGCCGAUGGCAAGGGCAAGAUGAACCUCUUCCGGGUGAUGUGCGAGUUGGCCCUCAUCGAAAGCAAGGUGUACAAGAGACUCUACGCUACCAAGGCGACCAAGCAGACGGACGGCGAACUUUUGCAGACCAUUGGAGAGCUGGACCAGGAGCUGGAAGACUGGAAGGACAGGAUGCCUAUCGAGUAUCGGCCCGAGCACGAGAUUCAAGCAUCACACACGCCUCUCAUUCUGCACGUUGUCAUGCUCCAUUUCACCUACUACAACUGCCUCACAACGAUACAUCGGAUGUCGAUACACCGUGGUUAUUGGACAAGUCGUCUGUCGAACUAUGCCAUACAGGGGCUCAACGCCAAACCUCUGAACCCGAGGGUCUUCAACUCAGCUGCGCUGUGUACUUCCGCGGCGAGAGCAUCAAUUUCCCUCCUCAAAUAUGUUCCUCAGGGAGACUCGUCUGUAGUCUGGAUGGUAUUGUACUUCCCUGUCACUGCACUUGUCACACUCUUCGGGAACAUUCUGCAAAAUCCCCUCGAUCCCCGAGCGAGAUCAGAUACACGGCUUUUGAACAUGGUUGUCACCUUCCUGUCCGCGCUGGGUCAGGAGAUUGAGACGGGCGGAGUUCACCGCACUAUUGGUAUUUGCUCCGAGUUUGAGCGCAUCAGCAAGGUCAUGAUUGAGAAGGCCGAAAAGGAAAAUGCCGGUCGCAGGAAACGCAAGAAUGCCGAGUCGUCGCAGGCCAGUAAACCUGUGCCCACCGCCAACGCGAACCCCAUCCGACGCCCUUCGACUUCAAACCAAGGGACUUCAUCAUCCGCACACACGCCUAGGCCGCCGACGGCGAGCGCGAAUACGCCCACGCCACGCCAACACAACGAGACCUUGUCACCGCCGGCGCGCUCUGAGGGACAGCAGGCUUUUAGCCCCAUGACAACCUCAAGUCACAGCCCGUCGCCGGGCCACCCACCGCCUGGGUGGACGCCCGACUUUUCUGGGGGGGAUCCCAUGGAAUUUACGUCCUUUGCUGAGCUGACUGGGUUCGGACAACUUCACAACGGGCCUCCGCCACCAAUUCAGUCACCACCAGCGCAAGGGGCCGGGUUCCAACAACCGCUGAUACCGCAAGACCUCUAUGCUCUGCCCAUGAGUUUCGACUGGGACUGGGCAGAAAUGAGCGGAGGCGCAUAUCCGAGUGUGGAGAAUGGAAACUUUGGGGGUCCGCAAUAAACACUGGCGGACCGAAACUCGGCUCUGCGAGCUAGCAUUUUGUCAUGGCCCUGUGGCGUCGAACUUUGAAAAGGGUGGAGAUUUGGCGCUUUGAGACUGAAGGGAUCUGUCAUCGAAGGUGUACAUGUGUCACGGAAAUCGGCUUGAUGUCUGUUGUGUAUUAUUCCUAAUGCCUCUCUUUGUAUAAGAGGGGGUCUUGGGCGAGCAUUUCUUUUCAUUUAAUUCACCAUAGGGUUGCGGUUUGCGCGUGCUGGCGAUCUAGACAACAACAUCACGAGACCAAGAACGUUGGGAAAAUAUUAAGAUGCAAUUUUUACUUACUGGCGAUGCUCUAGCUUAAUGGCACGAAUGACACUGUAUCAUGGUCUUUAUUACAUGAAGUACAGAAUACACUACCUGCUCUACACAGUCAC